AUGACAGACUUGGAGGAAAGCAUCGGAGCAUUUACAUAAUAGGAUUUCGACGAUCUCUAUGCCAUUAAUUCUCCAGAAAUGACUAUCAGUGAGGUUUAGGAGAUGGUGAGAGCUGAAGUUUAAUCUGAAAUAGAUUCCUACUUCAACCCAAUUUGA